UUUGUCCCUCCUCACUCGCCGUACAGGACGACCGAAAAACGUGCUAUGUUUUGACCGAAUGAGCCUCCGUCCGUUGCAGCAGCUGCAGUUUGAACCUGGACUCGUGUUCAGGCGGUCGUUGUGUGUUUCCUGUGAAACUUCUCAUGGCUUUUUACAUUGCAGUCGCUGCAGCUUUAAAACCCUCGGACCGUUUGUGUUAGCAUCAGCUGCUAAGCUAACGGCGAAUAAAGCCGAAGAGGAGGAAGAGGAGGAGGAGGAGGAGGAGUGAAGCUGCUGUUUAGGUGUUGUACGAAUACAUUAUCCGCUGAACAUGUCGGCAAACGACUCGAGGAAACGCGGCAAGAAGCGGUACGCGGGCGGCCACAACAAGCGGUGGAAGGGCUCCCGGGAGCUGGAGGUGGGCAUGCAGGGGAUCCUCAUCACAUGCAACAUGAACGAGAGGAAGUGCACAGCGGAGGCCUUCAAUCUGCUCAAUGAGUACGCCGACCAGCUCUACGGGCCCGAGAAGUUUCAAGACAAUAAUGGGAGCAGCAGUGAAGAAGAGGAUGCUGAAGAAGAAGAUGUUGAUGUAGCUCUGAAGAAGGAAGUGGCACAGCUGCAAGCAUCUGGAGCUAAACAGGAGAGACGCUUCCAGGCUUUGGAUAGUGGCGCAAACAAUGUCAUCUUCAUCAAAACUCACAAUCUGGAAUCUGACAAGCUGGUUCAUCACAUCUUGUCUGAUCUCCACACCACCAAGAAGAAAAAGUCACGCGUGAUCCUUCGGAUGCUGCCGGUAACUGGAACAUGCAAGGCCUUCCAGGAUGACAUGGUGAAGUACCUGACCACUUUCCUGGAGCCCUGGUUCAAAACUCCAAACUGUGCUACCUACCAGAUCGCCUUCAAGGCCCGCAACAGCAGCCACAACAAGAGGGAUGAAAUCAUCAAAUCAGUCGCAGGUCUAGUGGGGAAGCUUAACCCUAAGAACAAGGUUGAUUUGACCAACCCAGAACUGACAAUCAUUGUGGAGGUCAUCAAGGCCGUGUGUUGCCUCAGUGUGGUAAAAGACUAUACACUGUACAGGAAGUACAAUGUCCAGGAAGUAGUAAAAGAGGACACACCGAAGCCUGAUGUGACCACAGCAAAGACAGAUUCAAAUACAGCUGAGGAGAAGGAGAAACACGAUGCGGAGGAGACAAACAAAGAAGAGGAAGACGGCGACAAAACUGCGCCCCAGGACGACAAAGAGGUCGAUAAGGCUGAAGGUGACGCGGAGUAAGAGCUCACGUUUAGAGAAACUGAUUGACAGUUGGUGAGUUAGGUUUAAAAUGACAAAAAACAUCUGAAGUUGCUUUUAUAUUGUAGUGCUUUUGUUUUAAAUAGGAAGGUUUUUAAGCCAUGAUUUUUUUCACAACCGAUAACAUGACUGGACAAAAAAAAUGAGGUUGGCAAGAGACAAACGGAAUCCAAAUAUAAUUUAAUGUCUUUUUUUAAAAUUCAUCUUUGAUGCUUUUGUUCUGACUUUAAGAUGUCCAUGUUUAAAUAGCAGUGAUUUUUAUUGAACUGUACGUGUCACCAUUCUGCAGCGUACCUUUAAUAUCAGCUGCCAUCAGUUUUUUAUGCUGAAUUGGAUUUUUAAUUUUAAUGUCAUUUUAUUUUUUGGCAUUUUUUUUUUUUUACUCCAAACAAAAAAAAGAGUUUUGUUCAGGUUUACUGGUGUGUUAAAUUUUUUUCGUAACUGUUAUUUCCUAAAGCAGUCCCUGGAUUAAAGCUACCUGUGUGUUUGACUG